AUGCCUGUCUUAUCAGAGUCAGUGCGUGCGAAGAGUUUGUUAAGAUCGAAAUUAGAGAAGCCCAACACUUACAUUAAAAGCAGAAUGCCUAACAUUAAGGUGUUCAGCGGAACUUCGCAUCCUGAUCUCGCUCAAAGGAUUGUUGAUCGUCUUGGAAUUGAUCUUGGGAAAGUUGUUACGAAAAAAUUUAGUAAUUUGGAAACAUGUGUAGAAAUUGGUGAAUCUGUGCGAGGAGAAGAUGUUUAUAUUGUUCAAAGUGGUAGUGGUGAAGUUAAUGAUAACCUAAUGGAAUUAUUGAUCAUGAUAAAUGCCUGUAAAAUUGCUUCAGCUUCUCGUGUUACUGCAGUUAUACCAUGUUUUCCAUAUGCAAGACAGGAUAAGAAAGACAAGGCAGGAGGUGAAACAACUCCAGGAUCUGCUCCUACUACAACAUAUAAAAACUACGAGUGGAAAUUCAGGAGUCGAGCUCCUAUAUCUGCAAAACUUGUGGCCAAUAUGUUGUCAGUAGCUGGUGCAGAUCAUAUUAUUACCAUGGAUUUACAUGCCUCGCAGAUUCAGGGUUUCUUUGAUAUACCCGUUGACAAUUUAUAUGCUGAACCUGCUGUUCUGAAAUGGAUAAAAGAAAACAUUCCUGAAUGGAGAAACAGCAUUAUCGUAUCACCAGAUGCUGGAGGUGCUAAGAGGGUCACAUCAAUAGCAGAUAGACUGAAUGUGGAGUUUGCUUUGAUUCAUAAGGAAAGGAAGAAAGCCAACGAAGUUGCUUCAAUGGUUUUGGUUGGAGAUGUGAAAGAUCGAGUUGCAAUUUUGGUAGAUGAUAUGGCUGACACAUGUGGUACUAUUUGCCAUGCAGCAGAAAAGUUGAUGGAAGCAGGAGCUACCAAAGUCUAUGCAAUUUUAACUCAUGGUAUAUUUUCUGGUCCUGCCAUAUCCCGGAUCAAUAAUGCUUGCUUUGAAGCUGUAGUUGUCACAAAUACUAUUCCUCAAGAUGGGCAUAUGAAGGAGUGUCCAAAAGUGAGAUGCAUUGAUGUUUCAAUGAUGUUUGCUGAAGCAGUUCGUCGUACCCACAAUGGUGAAUCAGUCUCCUACUUGUUUUCAAAUGUCCCAUACUGA